GGUGUGAGUGCUCCGGAAUGCAGAAUACUUGCUGUGACUUGCCCUGGUGGAGAGUGUUAGUGUUCUGAAGAUCCUUCACACACAGACUCCUCGCUCAUUCUCUCUCUCUUUCUCUCUUUCUCACUUACUCACACACACACACACACACAAACACACACACACGCAACACAGGUUGGCUGUAGCACUGCAGUAAGGGUUGCUGUGUGAAGCCCUGUGACUGUGUGUGUGUGUGAUGUGUGAUAACGGAGAGUUGGACGAUAAACCCCCCGCCCCCCCAGUCAGGAUGAGCAGCAGUAGUAAAGAUGGCGUCCCCAAACCUCUGCCGUCCGUCCCUGAGGAGAAGAAAACACGCAAAGGGAUCUACUCCAUCUUCUCCGCAGAGAAAGCAGGGAAACGUAAGGAUAAAGAUAAGGAGAGGCCGGAGAUUUCACAUCCCUCAGACUUUGAGCACACAAUUCACGUCGGGUUUGAUGCAGUGACAGGCGAGUUUACUGGAAUGCCAGAGCAGUGGGCUCGGCUUCUCCAGACCUCCAACAUCACCAAGUCCGAGCAGAAGAAGAACCCGCAGGCUGUCCUCGAUGUUCUCAAGUUCUACGACUCAACUGGAAAUGGGAAGCAGAAAUACCUCAGCUUCACAGAUAAGGACAUUCCCCUGGGGAAGAAGGGGUCAGAACCGGCACCUGGUGGUGGUAAAGAUGAUUUAGAGGAUGAUGAUGAUGAAGCUCCACCCCCUGUGGUGGCUCCUCGACCUGAACACACCAAAUCAGUUCUCACUCGUCCUUCCAUGAUCGACCCUCUUCCUCCUCCAGAUGUCUCUAAAUCCGCAGAUAAAGCGAAGAAAGGAAAAGGGAAGAUGACUGAUGAGGAGAUCAUGGAGAAACUGAGGACGAUAGUGAGUAUUGGAGACCCGAAGAAGAAAUACACACGAUACGAGAAAAUCGGACAAGGUGCGUCCGGUACUGUGUUUACUGCCAUUGACGUCGCUACAGGACAGGAGGUGGCUAUAAAGCAGAUUAACUUGCAGAAGCAGCCGAAGAAGGAGCUGAUCAUUAAUGAGAUUCUGGUGAUGAAAGAGCUAAAGAAUCCCAACAUCGUCAACUUCUUAGACAGUUUCCUGGUGGGGGAGGAGUUGUUUGUGGUGAUGGAGUAUUUAGCCGGUGGUUCUUUGACCGACGUUGUUACAGAGACGUGUAUGGAUGAAGCUCAGAUCGCUGCUGUGUGCCGAGAGUGUCUGCAGGCGCUUGAGUUCCUUCAUGCCAAUCAGGUGAUCCACAGAGACAUCAAGAGUGACAACGUACUGCUGGGCAUGGACGGCUCUGUUAAACUCACUGAUUUCGGGUUCUGCGCUCAGAUCACCCCGGAGCAGAGUAAGCGGAAUACGAUGGUGGGAACGCCUUACUGGAUGGCCCCUGAGGUGGUGACCCGCAAAGCGUACGGACCCAAAGUGGACAUCUGGUCUCUGGGCAUCAUGGCUAUAGAGAUGGUGGAGGGAGAACCUCCUUAUCUCAACGAGAACCCACUGAGGGCCCUGUACCUCAUUGCCACUAACGGAACCCCUGAGCUGCAGAGCCCCGAGAAGCUCUCACCCACCUUCAGAGAUUUCCUCAACCGCUCUCUGGAGAUGGAUGUGGACAAGAGAGGGAGCGGCAAAGAGCUACUGCAGCACCCGUUCCUGAAGGUAGCGAAGCCUCUGUCCAGCCUCACCCCCCUCAUCCUCGCUGCCAAGGAGGCCAUGAAGAGCAGCCGCUAACCCUGGAUACACCCCUCACCCCACUGUCCGCACAAGUGUGUGCGAGCGAGUGUGUGCGCCUUAUCAAAUAUAUACAAAAUCAACCAAACCGCUCACAUGAUCAGAUGUAAGCGUGUCCUCCUAGCACACACUAUGUGUGUGUUUGUUGCCAUGGAAACACACACAUAUUUUUUUAUUUUUAUUUUUAUUUUUUUUUUUUUUAAAUUGUUAUUAAAGUUAUUAGGUGUACUCAGCUGUGUGUGUGUGUGUGUGUGUGUUAGAGGCUGGUGAGUUUUCUACUUUUUUUACGCUAUCAGCAGAGGGGGAAAUGUUCUGAUGGUGAAUUAGGCUAAACGUCUAAACACGGCUGGGUAAUCACUAAUACACACCUGCAGGUCACCAGGACAACAAAUACCCCAGGCUAGAACAGUUUUACCCUGUAUAGCCAGCAGGGGGUUAGGGUUAGGGUUAGGGUUAGUAAAUAGUGAUAUUACACAUCCAAAUGAGAAACCGUAAUACCUCCCCUCACUCCCAUUGGCUGGAAACUUUUGUUGGCCACACCAACUGUGGGUAUCAUGUGUGUAACGUAAAGAUCUCUCAUUCUCGCCUCGGUGAUUAUGUUCCCGCCCACUUUUACACACCACCAGCGUGGUCACUGUAAUCAACAAUACAAUCAUCCAAUCAGAAGCAGGAGUGCAGCUUUCUCUUUAUGUGCGUGUGUGUGUGUGUGUGUGUGUGUGUGUGUGUGUGUGUGUGUGUGUAAGAGUAAGAUUCCCCUUCCCAAUUUAAAAGGGUUUUCUUUCAGUAUUUUAGAAACACCAACAUGGAGAUUCAGAAACUCAGACUGUAAGAUUUAUAAAUCCAAAUAAAUCAGUGGUAUUUUUA